GCGCCAGAUCAUCAACCAAAUUGUGAUCAUCCAGAGAGAUUUGGUACAAGGUGUCAGGUUAUAUGUAUAAGUGUUUUCCUGGACGCUGUUACUGGGAGAGGAUGGCGUUGGGACAGAAAUUUCAGUGACAUAAAGGAGGAGGAAAGGAGGAAGUUACUGUCGAUUUGGAUACAACACCAAAUCAUAGAGUGUGUUUUGCACUGCUAAUGGAUUCACUGUCUGGCACAAUGAUAACAAAACUGCUAUAUCUGUCCCUUCACACUGCUCUAAUAGAGUAGGAGUGUAUCUGGACUGGUCUGUCAUUCUACAGUCCACUCACACACUUAAUCAACACCACAUUCACUAAAUCUCCCUACGCUGGACUUAGGGUUUAUGAUUCCUCAGUAUCUCUGUGUGAGAUAUGUUCAACUCGGUAAUAACGCAAAAUAUGGACAUGAAGAACCAUCAAAGUUGAAAAAAAAUAUUUUUUCAUUAAUCAACUGAAAACCAUGACACUGAUUACAUUUAGCAGAACUACAGUCUUAAAUGCAAGGAGGCAUCAUGUGAUGUUUCAGGAGGCCUGCUCUGUGGGAGUUAGAGAAUCCCAACAUAUUGAGAAAACAAAAACUUUCACAAAGUCACAGAUAACAUACGUGAACUUAUACUCAUGACUCAGAAAAUACUGAUGAUAGUAAAUGUAGCAUACUGAGAAAACAAAAACGUUCACAACCUUAGCCUUGAGUCUGUGUGGAUUCUGCAUGUUUCUGUUGAUUGUGAACAUGUAAUCGCUGUUAAACAUUUCUUUAAAGACAGAGGAGGAGCCUGCAGUCUUACCGAUAUAAAGAGUCCUUGCAUCAGACUAAACAGAAUAAACAGUGACUUACAAUCUGGGGAGAGAUUUAGAAGAUGACAAUGAUAUUAUUUUUGGUGGCACUUUUCCCGGUUGUACUGGGCAGUGACUGUAAGUUCAUGCAGUUUGACUGCUCUGACGUCUACAACUCAGGACAGACGGCCAGCGGGAUCUACUCCAUCUAUCCUGCAGGAGAUGUUCCUGUCUGGGUUCACUGUGACAUGAUCUCAGAUGGGAAAGAUGAAGAUAAAGGAGGAUGGACGGUGAUUCAGAGGAGAAUGGAUGGCAGCGUGAAUUUCUAUCGGCCGUGGGAUCAGUACAAGAGAGGAUUUGGGAAUAUAGAGAGUGAAUACUGGCUGGGGCUGGAGAACAUGUAUCAGCUGACACGAAACGGGAAGUACAUGCUGAGAGUGGAUCUGGAGGACUUUGAAGGAAGGAAGGGUUUCGCUCAGUACUCGUCUUUCUCUGUGGAUUGUGAAUGUUCUGGAUAUAAACUACAAGUUUCAGGGUUCACUGAUGGAGGAGCAGGCAACUCUUUGAUUGUCCACAACAAUCAGAAAUUCACAACGUUUGACAAGGAUCAAGACGGCCAUGCUGAUAACUGUGCUAGAAUGCGUCUCGGGGGGUUUUGGUACGCAAGCUGUCUGGAGGCAAACCCCAACGGUGUGUACUUAUGGGGAAACGAUAACACUAAUUCCGCCAUUGGUGUUGUCUGGUCGACCUGGAAAAACAAUUUCACUUACAGUAUGAAGUCUAUUAGCAUGAAAAUCAGACGUGUAUCUUAGAGACUUUAAUGAUUCCAGGAGCUAUUGGUCUUAUAAUAUAUGCUUUAUAUCAUACCUGUGCUAAAGAGUAAAUUAUGUAGGUCAGGGUGACUUUAAUAAACUCCAGCACUGAAAGCA